UUUUCUCCAGAUGAAUAAGUUAAAAAUUUCUUCAUUUCUUCAGCCAAAAGUGCUUUUGGCUGAUAAUUUCCAUUUUUCUCCCCCAAAAAUCGUUCUUCCCUCUGGUUCUUUGCCUGGCAUAUCAAGUUCUUUGCCUUUGUUUCUUUUCCUCUGGUUCUUUGUUCCUCUUCCGCCGGGAAUACUGUCAAUUGAAAUGGGUCAAAAAGCUAUAUUAUCAUUUGAUUCUUAUGAAAGAUCUUUGAUUGAGCAAGGAACCUGAUGCUUCCCAUUUGGUAAACGGCUCAUGGGUGUUGAUCGCAGGUGUUUCGCAAGCUCGAUUGUUCACUCUCUCUCUAUUGGAUUUGCUUUUGGG